AUGGACUACCCAAUAAUCCCCGGCACCGAGCUGAUCCGUCAGCCGGGUCCCCAGUACGAUGUCACCGCCGACGCUUUGACUUCAAUCCCCGCGCUCACGUCCCCGCCGUUCCCCAAGAAGGGCGGCAAGCACAUCUUUGCGUUCUGGCACUCGGGCAUCGCCACGCUGCCCCCGUACCUGAAGAGGAAUGUUCUGUCCUGGUACAGGCGGUUCGCGCCUCUGGGAUGGAACAUCUACGUCCUCGAUUGCGUUGCGGACUCCCCCCUCCACUUCUCCCUGUAUAUUGACGCCGCCUCGCCGUCCGUGAUCCCGCAGGCCCUCAUCGACGGCACUCUCGGCGGUGGAUACGCCUCCCAGCACACGUCCGACCUCGUGCGGUACCCUCUGCUGAUCCAUUAUGGUGGCGUCUACCUGGACGUGGGUAUCCUCCAGUUCGGCGACCUGAACUGGCUGUGGGAGGAGCACCUCGCCAACCCGGACUCGCCGUACGAGUUCGCGGGGUACACGAUGGGGGAGCCGCCCGAGCACGUCUCCAUCGUCAACUUCGCCCUCAUGUCCGUCGCCGACUGCCCGCUGGUUCUCCGCGCGCACCGGAUCCUCAUCAAGCUGUGGGAGGGGAAGACGAGCACCGUGGGCGCGCACAGCCACCCGCUCGUGUCGCAUGUGCCGCUCAUGCGGGUUCCGCCGUCCGUUUCGGAGGGAAAGGGGAACAUGGACAUUAAUGACGAGAGCAUGACGGAUUACGCCAUCCAGAUCCAGGCGAUGGGCUCUGCGCAGCGCUGGCUCGACGAGGCGGAUGGGUGGAACGGGCCCGAGUACGUCCGCGACAAGUGCUGGCUGUACAACAUGCUGGAGAUGGCCUAUGUGAACGAGAACCUGACGGACUGGGACAGCAAGCGGCAGUUUGAGCUGUUUGCGCUGGAUAUGCCGAGGAGCGGGGAGGAGGAGACGGCGGACCAGAAGCUCGCGAGGGAGAUUGUGGAGAAAAGCAUCGCGCAGAGCUGGUGUUUGAAGCUGGCGCACGGGUUCUCCGCCAAGCUGUUCGGUGCGCCCACAUUGGGCAUGCAUUGGAGGGCGAACGAUGGGAGUGACUACGGUCCGGGGACGUAUGGCGGUUGGUUGAGGUGGGCGAUGUCGAACCUCGCGCAGAAGAACCCUCCGGCGGCUUUGAAGAUACCAGCAUAUGAGCCGACAAUGGUGGGCAGCCUAAAUGAUAGACUCUAA